AUGUUUGAAAAGCUGGUUUAUCGUACGCAGAUGGGUUGCUUAUCUUCCUUAGCCAAUGCACCCCUGGCCGAAUCUGGUCUCCUCAACUUUAUCUUGACGCCGGGUUCAGGUGAGUAAGGGACAAGAGAGAACGGUAAUAUCAGAGCACGUAUACUAUCACUGUGAACUAUUUCAUGCACAAGUCAUCGUACUAGUAAAAAUGCGAUUCCCAGGUGGAAUAUCAAAAGAAAGGAUAGCCCAGUGAUUAGAGGCGUGGACUUCUAACUAACAGGUCGCGGGUUCGAGCCUCGGGUAUUCCACACAUCGGGGUUGGGUAUGACUGGCUGACGACGGCCAUUAAGCCAGAAAUGGCCAUUCCAGUCUUCCUUGCCUUUGUCGGUAGUAACAUACUGCCUAAAAAAUGUGACAUUCACCGGGAGAGGUGUAUUGAAGGUCUGACAUUUCGAGUAGACAUUUCUUUUACUCAUCUUCGUUGGAUGGGUAAAAGAUCGGUAGAAGAAACUUCCACUCGAAACGUCAGACCUUCAAUUCACUUUUCCCGGCGAGCGCCUCCUUUUCUUUUGACAAGUCCUCGUCUCUGAGUCUGCAUGCCGUGGAGAUACUCUGGUUCGCGAUGGUCGAACUGUCGCAAGAAACUAUUCGUUUUUUGAACGACCAACCGAUUUUCUCGCCCGAACCAAAUCCACCAAUUUCGGGUUCUUCAUGAGCGAAAAUAUUCAGGUUUUAAUAAUGGACUUACAUUUGCUGACUGUGAUUACGGCAACCAAUCGUUUGUGUGCUCGUUGACAAUUCAUCACGCAUACAGAUUUUUGGUUAUUGCUGUAAUGGUAUGCACUUUAGGAUUUCGAGACCUAAUCUAUGGCAAAUGACGUACUGUUUCAGUGGCGAUCCACAUCGUCGUCUAUGGGCUCUUCAAUGUCCAAUUCUGAAGGCAACCACUGUGUGUUUAUUUCGGGAUUGGACAUCGUCAGUGGUCGCCUGGACAUUUAUUUGUACGAGACAACACAUGAGCUUCCCAAUCACUUGUUACCGGACGAUUAAGCUUUUCCCGGACGAAAUAUGAUUCAUAAAGGCAGACCUUUCCCCUUGUAGUAUUUGGCAAAUUACUUUAUUAUUUGAGUUAAUUUUUGGAACUAUUUUAUUUUUGACAAAUUGAUCAUCUGAGUGGCAGUUGGGCAGGCAUUUAACACUUAAGUGCGGUUACUAAGCCCUUUGUAGACAUGAAGUUCGAAAACUCUCCAUUAGUGUUUUUCUGUAAAACUGACAUAUGUAACGUGUGAGAUGCCCCAUUAAAUGCAAUCGCAUUCUCCGAUUUGUAACCAACGUUUUACAAAAUGCAUGUCACCAAGAUUAUUCUUAAUCGCAUCCGACAGGGGAUACUUAUGGGGCGGUCCAAGGACCAGAAAUGUUUGUUUAAACCUUCCCAGCGCUGAGUCCUGAUUGCAGCUAGCUCCUAACUAUGCAGCAGUCCGUAUGGGUUGUUGACAGUUAGCAUGUAAUUCAAAAACUCAACCGUUUGCGCAACAUUUUUUGUGCGCAUACUGUUUUUUUCCACGAGAACGUGGCAACAAUUUUCCGUCACUGACGGAGGUCGUGGAAGCCUCAGGUUUUCUUGAGAAAUCGACGAAAACUUAGCGGGUUCUCUUUUUUGUAUUCAUAGUUUUUCACUACCACUUCUACCGAAAUGAGACAGUCAUUAAGGGAUCUAGACUACUGCAUUUCUCGUUUGGGAUUUAACUGACAAUUUAGGUCAUACUUGCAGACUAACAUGGAAAUUAGGUAUCGCACUAAAUGCCUGCUGUGAAUGGUCCAUGUUAUACGUUUUAAGAUUGCUUGUUGACAAUCUUAGUGCAUCCUCAGAGAUUCAGUUGAUAAAACGACAGCAUCUAUUUAACCAUCACUAAUAUCGGUGUUGUCCUCAGCGCUUUGGAUAAUGGAAUGGGUUUAUAAAUCCAAACUUCUGGUUUGGAAAUUAUUCUCCCCCCUGUGAAACUGGCAUACAUACACACACAUAUAUGCACAAAGCAGGUGCCCCGUUGAGGAUCAUAGUACCGCUCAUUGGAUCGCCUACAUAUAACCUUGCCAAGUGGCUGUACAAGCACCUAAAGCACCUCACGAAUGGAUGGCAGUACAGCAUCAACAACUCUCAUGCUUUCCUUCAGAGGAUCCAAGACCUUAAUGUAAGCCCUGAUGAAUGCAUUUUAUCGUUUGAUGUAGUUGCUCUAUUUUCCUCAAUACCGCAUAACUUGGCCAUUGAGAGCGUAGCUCGACGCCUAGAGGAAACUCCGAUUGGCAUUCCAACAGAGCACGUUUUAGACAUGCUUGGGCUUUGUCUUAAGAACUAUUGUCAAUUCGAUGGCAAGUAUUACCAACAGGUCAAGGGCACCCCCAUGGGUUCACCGAUAUCGGGCCUACUCGCCGAACUAGUCUUACAAAGACUAGAAGAAGUUGUUAUUCAAGCCAUCAGACCAAAAAUGUGGCUCCGCUACGUAGAUGAUACCUUCGUAGUCAUAAAAAACUGCGAAGUUGAACGACUGCACCAGAGUCUUAACGGUGUCUUCUCCGCCAUACAAUUCACACGCGAAGAAGCAACUGGGGACAUCCUCCCUUUUCUUGACGUCAGUGUACAAAGACUGACUGAUGGCAAUCUCGCAACCAGCGUCCACAGAAAAGACUCCAGCGCCGAAAUCAUCCUCAACUACGGCAGUAAUCAUCCUGCGGCCCACAAAAAAAGCUGCGUUCGAACUCUUUUUCACCGAGCCUUUCGGUACUGUAGCAGUCAGUAUCUACUUAAGAGAGAGCUAGCCUACUUAUACCAAUUAUUCCGAUCUAACGGAUAUCCGAUUAGCUUCGUGAAAAAUUGUCUCAGACGUCAGAGGCAACCACAAAGUCAGAGUCCAAGUGGAGAAGCGGCACAGAGGAAAUAUUAUUCCCUGCCCUACAUGCGAGGAAUUUCUGAAGUGAUGGCCCGACAACUACACCGGUUUGGCAUCUGCAUUGCCCACAAGCCGGCGUCCUCCUUACGCGCAGCACUAUCCCGGGCAAAGGAUCCCAUACCCAAAGAGCAACAAAGUAAUGUUAUUUACCGCAUCCCGUGCGCUAACUGCCGUUGCGUUUAUAUUGGUCACACGGGUCGACAACUUGGGACUCGCAUUAAUGAACACAAGUUAGCUAUCCGCCGACGCGACCCCUUGUCUCUCGUGUUUGCCCACGCUCUUGAUUGUGACCACCGUUUCAAUUGGGACGGUGCCGAAGUGGUCGCCAUGGCUAACACUAAACAUGCGCGGGAAUUCCUCGAAGCUUGGCACUCCGGUGCAGAUAGCAUUAACCGCCAUGUUGACCUUGAUGUUCACUACGAGGGUCUCCGAUCACGGUGGACUGACUGGCGCCCACCUUAAGAACAACAACAACUAAUGCGUGCCCGGACAUGCAUGAUCUCGCCGACACGCCAUUCCUACCACCCUGCCCUACUCCCCCUCCCUCCCUCAACACGGUGAGCCACAGCUUGGACCCACAACACCUAUCCUCACCUCCCGCACCCAUCACAACACAAUGCACACCUCCCUCUCACAAGGUCGUCUGCUUACCUCUCUGUCUGCGUCCUCAACCAGCAGUGUGACAAUGCCACCUCUCACUUUUCACUCUGUCUGACGACGGGUUGGUGCAACCAGCUCGAAAAUUUACGAGUAAAACUCUAUUUCCGACGGACUUCCUUCUUUCAUCACACACAUAUAUAUAUAUAUAUAUAUCUAUAGAUAAGGCGAAAAUGCUGACCCCGGUUGUUCAGACUAAAGAAGAUGGUAAGGCAAGCUCUGGGGAUGACGAUUUAUUCAUCUCACCAUUCACACUCGUACUCGAGCGCAUCAUCGGAGAUAGAGAAUAUGGGAGAUACCCGAUCCAACUAUGUCCUUCCUACUAACUCCUGAUAGAGCCAUCAAUUACUAUCCUCGUUUGGCCUCCUCUGAGGUUUAAGUGGUGUAGGGCGUCCUCGAAUGGUGCCGGUAGGUCGAUGCUGAGGCUGAUGGAGUUGACGUCUGUUUGCCAGGCCUCAGUCAUUUCUCUCGCCGAUCUGCUUUACGCUCGGCCGCUCUCUUGGGCACCGUCAGUGUCAAACCGAUUGUCAUUUUCCAGACUGUGCAGGCAACCUGUGAUCGCAAACCUUUUCGCUUCACGACUAAAGUGUGCUCAUGCAUGCGCGUUCUUGGUCUUUUGAUGGUCAUGCCGCAGUAGUCGACCUGACAGUCUAGACAACUGACGCGGUAAAUGACGCCUGUCGUGUCCUCGUUGGCCGCAUGAUUAAGCGGCGGAUAGCGACCUUCGGCCGGUGUCCAACGCCCACGUUGAGUAGUUUUAACACACGCUCAGUGGCCUCGGAGACGUUCCUCGUGUAGGGCAAGACAGAGAAGACUUCAGAUUUUUGGUUUUGCCCACCGUCAGUAUUUGAGUGCCUUUGGAACAAACACUUGUUUAUGAAGCUACGUGGGUAUCCGUUGACGAGGAAGAGGUGCCACAGGGACGCACGGUCAUGUACCUCCCCGGCCUCUAUGCUGCAGUGCGUAUUGAUACGGCGAAAGUGUCCGGACACGACUGCGUUAAUGUGACAGGGGUGCUUGCUGUUGUAGUGGAGUAUCUUUGUGUUUCGAAAGCACCUGCCUUGGCACCCGCAUGUCAAGGAAAGGAAGCCCCCGUCCUUUUUUUCCUCCGUGGUGAAAUUGAUUUGCGGGAAGAUGGAGUUUAGUUUUCUUUUUAAAGGCCUCCUUCGCAUCUAGGCGCAGAAUGACAAAAGUAUCAUCCAAAUAGGGAAUCCAGAAUUCGGCUUAUAGGAUUAAAUACACGGAUUUACGGUUCCUGCAGAAUCGCCUCUGUCAGGUAGCCAGAGAUCGGGUAUUCCAUCGGGGUUCCCUAGAUUUGCUUAUAAACAUGGCCAUUAAACGUGAAAUACGUGCAUAAGCAGUAGUCCAGUAGUUCAAUCGCAUGCUUCCUUUUAAAAGAUUUUCGAUCAUCGUCGUACUUUCGUUCCAUUAGGUCACUGAUGACUCUCAUGGCCAAUUCCUUGGUGAUUGAGGUAAAUAAAAAAAACGACGUCAAAGGAUACCAUGAUCUUAUCAGGGGAAAUCAGGGAACCCAUGGGUUUAGUAGCCUGACGUUUCAAAAGCAAGUAAGCCCUCAUCGACGGAGGUAGAUUCUGUACAGCACCUCACAGUCUUUUUGGGUACGGAGCCUGUCGAGGUGCUGUUGUCUCUUCUGUUAUUCGUGAAGGAUGUGCCGGGAAAGCGAAGUUACUUGCUGUCAUGCCAAUCAGUACCUUUUCUCCUCGUUAGGCAGAUGUGACAAGAUGGCGACAGUUAUUGAUCUCGUCUGUAUUGUCCGCAUGUGUUGUACCUGACUCACGUAUCUCGGAGCUGUCCUCAGUUUGCGUCUGUCCGUGUGCGUGUCCUCAGUGAUCACUGAGCAGUUGCCGGUGUCUCCUUUGCUAUUGGGCUGGUGACCCUCGUCAUCGGUAGUUUUUUCCAAUUGUUUGCUGUUGGGUUUUGUUGCUGACUUUCGGCCCUCGAUUCCGUUGAUUGCGAUGCAUUCGUAAGGCCUGGAAAGCAGCCGCCAGAAUCGUGCAGUGAUUUAUGGAAGUGAGUACGAUAUGCUAGGGUUCAAGUGUUUCCCUGGCUGCCUGGUAGAUACUUCGGCCCAGGGUUUUGUCGCUCUGGAAAGCAAAAGUGUGUUCAGAGGCAGCAUAGUGUUCUGCUACCUGCUAUAGCUGAUCCAUCCUUCCCACUGCUUUUACGUACUCACACAUGCAGGUCUGUUGCAGUAUGUUAUUACCGACAAUGAAAAGGCAUACUGGAAUGGCCAUUUCUGGCUUAUUAGUCGUGUCAGCCAGUCACACCCAACCCCGAAGUGUGGAAUACCCGAGGCUCAAACUCGUGACCUGUUAGUCAAAAGACCACACCUCUAGCUACUGGGCCACUAGCCCGUUAUCCUGUCGGUUUCGAUCGGAAAUAUACAAUAGUAGGGGACGCUCACCGAUCGUUCUUACGUAUGUCACUCGUCCCGUUGUGCCUUACGAGCUCUCUCUCGAGCCCAACAAGCGGCCGUACAGUGGCGCACGAUAUAGGCAGUAGGUUAUUAUCGACAAAGACAAGGGAUACUGGAAUGCCCAUUCCUGGCUUAUUAAUCUUCGUCAGCAAGUCAUACUAAAACCCGAAGUGUUGAACACCCAAGGCUCGAGGUCUGUUGCUGUUUUCCUGUCUCCCCAACGUAGUUCGCCUCACAGGAACUGAACUGGACACGAUAGACGAUACUGGUCGUUUUGUCUCGUGACAGAUUAACUUUGGGUCUCAUGACCUGCCGCCUUAUUGUCACCUCAAGCCUGUAGGUGACGUCGAUCCCCAGAGGUUGUAAGAGACGAACGACUGCUUCGAAUAUGCUAUCGAUAUAUGGCGAUACCCCCCACACUUUUGAUUGUUCUAUCGUUGGCCUGAUAGCUCUCUUCGGUUGUCUGCCACGUUCUAUGAAGUUCGACUGCUUUGUCGUCUGCCCCUUAGCAAUGAGUUUCCAUUCUCUUGUAAAUAGUUUGCACGCCGCUACUUUCUUGGCACAAUGGGUGAUUAGUGUUGUAAUUUAGGACCUAACAUGUGUUGACAGCCUUUUGGUAGACCGUUGUCAUUAGCCUCCCGUCGGUCUUACGGUGGAUCAGGACGUGUAGGGACGCCAGUUGAUUGUCAACCGCUGCCGCCAUUGUGAACUGAAUGUCCGGAAAAACAGGAUUCAGAAUCCCAUGAAAUUCAGAUACCAUCUCCCGCUUGAGGAUGAAGAAGGUGUCGUCUAUGUGCCGCGCCCAAAAUAUUAGUCUGUAGUUGCGAACACCAGCGUUUCUAACUUCUGAAGAACCGUUUCAGUAAUAUAUAUGCAUAUUAUGACAGAUGGGCGCACACCGAUCAGGUUAUAGAGCAUGCUCGUUCUAGUCGCUGUGCGACUGCCUGCGAGGGUUUAAGUAUGAGCCCCAAGGCACAACAGAACGAGCAUGAUCUGCAACCUGAUCGGUGUGCGCCCAUCUGUCAUAAUUGAUAUUCCCGAUGACAACCGACAGGACAACGGGCCCGUGGCUCAGUGGUAGAGCGUCAAACUCCAUGACCAAAGAUCCCGGGUUCGAAUCUCAAGUGAUCCACACUUGGGGUUGGGUAUGACUGGCUGAUGACGGCUAAUAAGCCAGAAAUGGCCAUUCCGGUCCCCCUUGUCUUUGUCGGUAUCACCUUAUCAAUAUAUGCAUAUAUUGAAAACGGGCAUCCCAAUAGAUGUAAUUAGGGGGAUGAAAUUCUUUGAAAAAUAGUAAACUUUUUGUGUAAAUUUUCGAGACUGGUUCCCCAACUCGUCUUCAUACAAAGGACUUGUAAAAACGAUUAACUUCUAGACCGAGUCUGACAAAGGAUUCUAUGAUUGGCUAGAGUUCCCUUCUCUGGAUUGGCUGAGACAGUUUUCAGUCUGUCCUUAACACAACAAAGUUUACUGUUUCCCAAAGAAUUACAUCUUCCUAAAUAUAUGUAUAUAAUGUUAGGGGGCGCUCACCGAUCGGUGAGUGCCCCCUAACAUUAUAUAUUCCCGAUCGAAAACCGACAGAGCAACGGGCUCGUGGCUCAGUGGGUAGAGGCGUGAACUUCUAAACUAACAGGUCGCGAGUUCGAGGCUCGGGUGUUCCACACUCCGGGCUUGGGUAUGGCUGGCUGACGACGGCUAAUAAGCGAGAAGUGGCCAUUCCAGUCUCCCUUGUCUUUGUCGGUAAUACCGUCCUGCCUAUAUAUGUAUAUGUAUACAGGCUGAAUAGUGGUGCCGAUAAGGCCAAGGGAACUGGAAUGGUUAUUUCCGGUUUAUUAGCCGUCGUCAGACACUCAUACCCAACCCAGAAGUGUGAAACACCCGAGACUCGAACUCGCGACCUAUUAGUUAAAAGUCCACGCCUUUAUCUAUUGGUGCACGAGCCCGUUGUCCUGUCGGUUUCGAUUGGGAACAUACAAUGGUAGGGUGCGCUCACCGAUCGUUCUUACGAAACUCACUCGUUCCGUACCAUCGUAUAUUCUCGAUCGAAACCGGCAGGACAACAAGCCCCUGGCUCAGUCGUUAGAGGCGUUGAACUUCUAACUAACAGGUCGCGAGUUCGAGCCUCGGGUGUGCCACACUUCGGGGUUGGGUAUGAGUAACUGACGACGGCUGAUAAGCUGGAAAUAGCCACUCCAGUUUCCCUUGACUCUGUCGGCAAUACCAUUCUGCCUGUAUCAUGCGUCGCUGUACGGCUGCUGGUUGGGCUCGCGAGAGAGCCCGUAAGGCACAACGGAACGAAGGAGUACCGUAAGAACGAUCGGUGAGCGCCCCCUGACACAGUAUAUGUAUAUAUGGUAGUUAUGCAUUCACUGGUUAGGUUACCUGACACGCUCAUCCCCUUGUGCAUGUCUUGUAUCCCUGUCUGUGAGCGCUCUUUUACAAUUGUUCCUAUAACAUAUCACAUCCGACAGGAUGACCAGUCCGUGCCUUAACGCGUAGUGUUGGACUUUCUAACGCUCGAUAGCCAAUGUGUGCUCGAAUCACAGGCACCCCAAAUCAGGGGUUUGGUAAGGUUGCCUGAGGACGGCCACAUCAAUAACGACGACUGCCACUACUUGUUAGUCAGAAAUGGUCAUCCUAGUCGCACUUUUAUUUUUCGGUAGGUUCUUGGAGCUUCAAUUCAACAUGCUCAUUUACCUGGCCCAUGCUGACUUAAAAAAACUACUGUCAGAUCUGUGUUUGCUGUUCUCGUGAGCUUUUUUGCUCGCAUCUAGAGAACGUUGCGCAAACACGCAGGCUUUGUCUUUGAUAGUUCCUAAUUAAGGACAUUGCCCUGAUUUAAGCGAAUGUUGAAUUUUUGCAAGCUAACGUUUUUUCGCAACAUGUCAAUGCAAUAAAGGAAGUUAUUUUUGGGUACAAGUCCCUCCAGUCAUUGGCAUUUCAGUCGUAUUUUUCCAUCAAGUGAGCUAUUUACGGUAAUAACUUGGCCAUUUCAUUAAUAUUGCCGUUUUCCAACCCCAAUGUGUUUCCUAACUGGCAUUUAGUUCCCGUAUGCUUCAGAGUUGGGCAUGGCAUUCAUACCGAUCGGGCUCAUCUUGAUCGCAUUCCAAGCUCCAACCUGUUGUGUAUUUUCUACUCCCUUUUAAUUUUAGUUAAUUGCUCAGACAUGCAGACGAGAAACUGGAAUUAUCUACACAGUGCGUCAUUCCAUUCUUCUGCAAAAAAUGAUGUUUUCUGACUUCUGAAUUACGUCACGCUUCUGAAAAAAUCUACUCAAAGAAACUAAAUGAUCUAGGAACUUAGCUGAGAACUUCCAGCUUGGUGUUUUUUGGAAAUUAUGUUUUCGUUUCCAGUCGUUGGUCAGAUAGCACACUGCCAAAACAUCUUCUAGUAUAAGACUUCCAAUUACUGCCUAGGCGGAAGAACGCAUUCGUCUUAUCUGCCUGCGCUUCUAAUAAACGUCGCAAGAUGUGGCUUUCAGUUGGCAUCUUCGGAGCCUGUUUUCUGUGGAUCACAGUUCAAGGUACAAGCCGAUGUUGUUCAGUGACAAACUAAAGUCAAUAUCAUGUCAAUGCGGGUUGAUUUGCGCACGCUAAAUGAGAACGUAGCCGCAAUCCUUUUGCUGUCGUAUCCUCUCAGAAAUGUCUCUUUGAGAAUUGCCCUAACAUGGCGUGCUCAAAUGAUAAACUUUUGACAACUGCUUCCCUUCCUUGGUUGCUUAUAUGCGAGUGUUUUACAUUCCAGGCGAAGAUGUGCUUCUAGCUAACGGGCUGCCUACGGAAUGCGGAAAACGACCAGCUCCCCUAAAGGCACCUCGUGAUUACAAUGGAAAAAAAAUUGAAGCCACACCAAACAGUUGGCCGUGGCACGUAAGUCAAUGAAACUGGCAGGGAACAAGUUUACUUUUCCUUAAAUUUCACUCCUUGUUGCUAUUCUACAGUCAAUGAAUGCAACUACACCAGGUGUGAUAAUGAGAAGUCAAACGCCUUCAAAAACUAGACGUGACCAACUCGUCCAUGUCUAAUGUGUAAAAAGCUAGAGAAAUAUGGCGCAUGGUGAUAAUUUUAGUUGAUAAAAUAGUAUUUACCUUACAACGCGCGAACUCUGAUUAAUUUUACGCGGCUUUUUGGCUUUAAGUUUGUUCUUCGCUUCACCAAAUCGUUCACGACCGUUCGAAUAGUAUGGCAAGACGCCUUAAUGCAGCCAGCGACCAGUCUCCUAUAAUGUUGACCGAAAUUUUGAAAUGCGUUUUCGAUUAGGGAGGACUACAUUGGUAGGAUUGUAAUUCUGAUUAUCGAGCAACGUAACUUCUGAAGAUUUCAGACAUGUCAGAACGUUGGCUUUAAAACGCACAUCCUUUCGGUUGCCUCAGACCUUUUUCCGGCAAAAAUGGCUACUAAAGUAGAAGGUAUUUUUGCAUUGCGUUUUCGAUUAGGAAGGAUUGCUUAAGUGGGUUUGUACUACGUUUUGCCAUGCAACGUAAAUCCGAAACAUGUCAACAUGUCAGGAGGUUGGCUAUUAAAUGCACAUCCUUUCGGUGGCCAGCAAAACUUUUUCCGCAAAAAUGGCUAUCAAAGUAAAAGGAAUUUUUCUAUGUUGAUUUUCCAUGCUCUUAUAAAUUAAAAUGCAUUUUAUAAAAAACCUAAGAUGCACAGGAACAUUAUUUUUUACAUUUGUUUAGCAGAAAAGCCCUUACUUUUAAAGGUAUUGUCAAAAGGAAGAUUUUUUGGGAUUCCAAAAGGUUUUCCACUCCCGCAUGUUUGUGAACUCCAUCUGCUGUUGCAUUUAUAUUAAGGAUUUUCAUUCCACAAGUUAUAUACCUAUCAUGUAUUAUAAUACAUCCAUGUAUGCCAUUAAGGCUACCUAUGGGUUUUUUAAAAUAUGUAGUGGAUGCUCACUGAGUCGCAUACAUUAUAAGGAACAUUGGUAAACAUAUAGAUACGAGGAUACUGAAAUGGGCAUUGCAUUGUCUUGGAAAACUUUACCAUUAAAAAAAUUUUGAGACCGAAUGACAUCAUGUUUUCGAACAUAAAAUCUGAAAAUGUGAUUUCCUACAAAAUAUGUACAAAAAAUAUUUCUGCACACAUUCCCCAUUUAGUUGACCUUUCCUAACCGAAACCGCGUUCCAAAAUCUCCAGCAGCCUCUUAUAAGAUCGGUCACUGAUUGCAAACACAAAUUUUCAAUUCAGAAGUUAACCAUAGCAAUAUUCUUUUGUGUUUUCCUUAAACCGAACUCUACCAUUUAUCAACUAAUUCAGUCGCUUGCUGAAGAGGAACCUCCAGCACAUCUAUGUGGGUUUCGACGUCUGCUCAUCGUUUCGUUCUGACCGAUCAAUGUAAAUUUGCUCCAUCUGACUAACUCUUUUUCUGUCAGCGGCUGAUCAGCAUAAAUUCGAUCUUACGUUUGCAGACCAACAUUAUUCUUGGCUCGUACUCCAGAAAACAAGUAUAUAGCAAAGCACAUUAUCAUUCACCUGAAAUACCUCAUGGUCAGAGUAUUUUGGGACAUUGAUUUCGAGCUACGUUUAGGUUGUGCAACGUUAGGAUACGUUUUUGCAAUUUGGACGUCGGGAAAAGUAAACUCAAAUAAAUCUUCUGCGAAAACAACCCAUUUAAAUAUGAGCAUUUACGCACCCUCAUAAUGCCCGAUGAACUUCGACCGAGCAUGUACCGCAUUCAAAAAGUAACUCCUUACUUCAAAAAACCACGCGAUCUGCGUCAACGUCUAGGUAGUAUGUGGUUUAGAGCGUUUUUCCAAUAAUUGAUUUGACGCAAUUUGCUUGACUUUUUAGUCGACGUCUCACUUUACGAAAUUUGUCAACCUUGCCCGGGUUAUAUAAUGGAAUAUUUUAACAGCUGCAGUCUAUAGACAGAGAUAAAAGUGCUUACGGCAGCUUUGUUUGAUAUUCCAAUAGGUUGGACUUUUCAGCUCGGCGUAUGGUCCAUAUCCAUUCUGUGGAGGAACUCUCAUUUCACCUACGUGGGUGUUGACAGCCGCUCACUGUGCCGUUCCGGCUCAUCUGUGCGUCGAUGCCCCCCGCGGGCAGCCCUUCCAAUAUCAGGACUUCAGUGACGAUGAACUGGUUGUCCGCAUAGGCGACCAUAAUCACACACGGCGCGGGCGUCCGGCAUACAGUGUCCGAGUACAACACAUUAUCAUUCAUCCAAAGUACCCCAAGGAUGGACCAAGCAAAGGCUAUGAUCUCGCACUUCUAAAGUUGACUCGAACUGUGAGGCGCUGUACGUUUUAUCAUUGCUUGCGAAUUUUGCCAUAAAAUUUUUCCAAUGGUAUGCUGUUCCAGGUGACUUCAUCGUUAUUUUCGCAUUUUGUUCAAAAUAGUUGUGUUUGUGAUCAUGUAUAUGCAUAUUUGGGACCUGUCUCCCCAACAACGCUAAAACCGAAACAGUAGGAGGCAAACACAAAUCUGUCUCAAUUUCAAUACAAAUUUUUCCGUGGAAAUACCAUAUUUACUAACCAUAACACCUAUUAAGUCUUAGACCGUGGCAAGGCCGUCACAAUGACUCCAUGAUCUCAUGGAACGCUAUAGGUCUUAGUCUACACCGUUAGAAGUAAAAUAUAGGAUAAUUACUUUCAUAUAUUUGUAGUUUGAAUGGCGAUUUUUGAUUCAGAUAACCUGAAUGAAUUUUCGCGGGAUGAUUAUAGAUUAAAUUCCAAACACUUCACUGCAUGAAUCCGGUGUUCAACAAGUAAUUCAUUUUCCAUUAAAAUUGAAAUUCCCUUCAAUACUCAAGAUUAAACUCUUAAAGAAAAUCAUUGGACUGGAGUAAACUUAAGUCAUCAUAACAACUUUGUGUAAAAGAUCGAUUAUCUUAAGAGGAAUCAUAUAUUUUGUAAAAAACUUUUUAAUGCAACUAAGGGAUGCUUCUCAUUCCUUCGUUAACAAAGCAAACGUUGCGGAAUUCGCAUGCCUCCCUGAAGCUGGAUUCGAAGUUCCUGUUGGAGACUUCUGCUAUCUUGCCGGCUGGGGACUAAUCCCGCCACGUAAACCAGGUUGGAAGCAACCAGAUGUGUUAAUGGAAAUACGAACACCAAUCGUGAGCUCGUCUAAGUGCAAGAAAAAGCAUAUCUAUGUUGACAAAAGUCUUCAUGUUUGCACCGACACCGCGUGUGGGGUAAGCACCAAUUCGACAUGA